AAACGCCGAAACCAGGUGGUUGAGGUAAGUGAAUUUUACGAGCUUACAUGUCAUCUUUCGAUGCACAAAAAUGCAAAUCAGAAAGCGACAUCGACUCAAUAACGAAAAAUUCAACAGUUUAGCGUAUACAAAGUUUGUGCCUAUUAUCGAAUUUCCGAAGUUCAAAUGCUGAAAUGAGGGUGGUUAAUUGUGUUCUAUCUUUGGAAAUAUUUCAACAGACUGUUGCUUGUGAAAUAUUGUGACCACUGCCUGACUUGUGUACUUACUAUCAAAAGCUCAAUUAAAUAUGUACAUUAUUUAUGUACCGGAUUACGAACGCGUCCAAGGUUUGUGAAAUUAAGGUUUGGAUCAAGAUUUAGAACAUUACACUUACAUCGUUGAAAUUACGAACUACUCUUUACGAACUGAUCUAAUCAGAAACCCAAUGUUUGUGAAGUUAACUGUUAGACGUCAUAGCAAAAGAAAAUUUGGAUAUUUUAUGAUCUAGCGCCUGCACAACGGCUUGAUUUUCAGUAGAAGUUAGUUUCAAAUUCAUAGAUAAAAGCAAUUUGCAAAUAGCUUUUACUCGACUUGUUUUUUUAUUUCGCUUAUUUGCACAAGCAGUAUUUGUGUUAUUCAGAUAUUUUACCUUACGCGUUAUUGUCUUACCAUUAGUACAGAUGGCUUCUUCCGAUGCAAAAAAGAAUGUGAAGUACUUUGUGCCAGGAGGUUACAGUGUUCUCGAUUUCAGCUCCAUGUGCGAUUGGUACAUGAACACUUAUUUCCCUAGAUGGAAAGAUAGUGGCGUGAAUUUAGUCCCCCCUUUGCCGGAACACAUGCCUCUAGAACCUCCUGAGGCCGCAUCUGGGGGUGCAAGAAGGAAAAGCACGGGAAAGAAACAGUACUUUAACUUUAGAACGGGUCAGAAAUCACAAAUCGAUGAGUACAAUGUUGUUAAACUGAUUCAAAAAUAUGCAACGGAAAACGAUUUGGCCAUGUUUAUAUUUCAUGGGUUAAAAAUGGAUCAGCAAAGAUGGAAACUGAUGCAGUUUGUUAUCCGUAACGAGCUCACUGCCGAUGUCUGGGAUGACCUGAAGGUUUCGUGCGAUUUUGAUGAGAAGCUUAACCUGCCUUGUAAUCUUGAAAUUGACUUGGUGACUUUGGAUCCUCAAAACGGAUUGAUUUUGUGGGAAGUUAAAAGCAGAGAUUUUGGAGUGGAAGGUUCAGCAAAUCUGAACAAAAUAGGCAGUGCUGUGAAACAAUUGAAGAAAGAUAAAUUGUUUAUUACAUGGCUGGCGAAAUGGUUUACAUCAUUACACGAACUGGAAUUAGAGGUUAAGCAAGUUGUUGUACUGCCGGAUGAUACAAUUACUAGUGAACAAAAUGAUAAUUUUGGAAAUCUGCGACAGGAUUACAACAUACUCGAUAAAGAGAAUCUGGCCGAUAUGAGAAAGUUUUUUGAGAAAGUGCGAACCGAUUACCCAUCUGCUGCUAACGUGAAAUCAGCUUUCGAUAUGCUCGUUCCGUCUUUGGUGGGAUGUGUGGCUGCGAUUUCGCAACUUCAAUCGAUUCCAUCUCAAAAGAAACAAACCUGCCCUCAAGGCCUCGAGGCAACUUUCAGUUCAGCGCAAGCAGUCGCGAAAUUGGACCGCGAAAUACAACAGGAGCUUUUUUCACGGAAAGAGAAUCCUUUUACAGAAGUUUUGCCCACGAAGAAAAACACUGUUUUCAAAGGUUCAAAGUUUAUCAAAGUUCUUUUCUUGACUCCAAAGCAGCAGAAGGUGUUUGAUUUAUCUUCAACAGGGUUGAAGAUAAUUCAGGGACCAGCAGGUUCUGGUAAAACAAUCCUUACAGUUUUCAAAGCCCUCGAUGUGGCGUCAAAAUGCGACGGUAAAUUUCUUCUACUCUGCCGCGGAAGCUUUGCGUGGAGCUACUACGAACUGUUUACAGGAAAUGGGCAUAAGACGAAAAUGGCAACUCGGGAAGGUAUUAGUAAAAAAGGGGCCCAAAAGUUUUUUCUGGAAGCACUCGAAACUUCAUAUAACAUCAAAGAAGAUUGCCCAGAUACUGUAGUGGUUGAUAUCAAAUUGAACCCUGAUAAGCUUGGAAGCAAUGAUGACAAGAUCAUUAUUGGGCAAACUACUGAUUUUGCCGAUGAUUUUUACCAUAAAACGAAUCUGCUCAUGAAGUUGUUUCUAAUAAAGAAUCUCAAAAUGAAGGUAAAAGACUUGAAAAAAAUGAAAACUGAAAUCCGUUGGCAACAAAAUCUGCACAUUUUUAUGGAUGACGGUGACUUGGCCGAAAUUUUGCUGCGUUGUAAGGAAAUCUUCUUUCAAGCCGACGAGGAAGAAUAUUUGACUUGGACAGUAUUGGACCACAAGCAGAGCUCGGGUUUUAGCGCAUACAUAGACCAGCAGAGUUAUGAACAAGUGAGGGCGCACUUUGAAUCCAGCAGGACAUAACUGCUCGUUUUGCAAGAAGUGCUACGUAACUCAGUAGAAAUUCACAAUUUUAACAUGGCGUUGAUACAACAAAUUUCAAGUUUGAAUCAUGUGAUCCACACCGAAAAACCUGGAAAUGCGUUGGCUAUUGCCGCUCCUAAGCAGGGUUCGAAUUUUCAUGGGCCACCUAUCACGAUAUUUGAACUUUAUGAUCAUUGCAUGCUCGAAGAUUCCAUGUCACUAGGAAACAAUUUUCAAUUUAGAGCUAAAAGAGCUUCAGAUUUUACCGCGUUCGUGUUGACAAAAAUUCUUAAUGAUGGUGCUAAAACUGAAGAUCUUCCGAUUUUAUCUGCGGAUUGCGGAGAGUGGAAAAAGUUUGUUGGAGAUACUUUAGAAAAACUUGAUUUUAGAGCAGCUGAUUUAGAGCAUCGCCUGGUACAACCGGAAGAGUUUGGUGGUGCAUCUGUUGUGACCAUCGAGAACUGUGUUCUCACGAGGUCUUUUGAGUGGGAGAGAGCUUUAGUAUUGACUAGUUCACCUAUUCGACUAACCUACACUAAUGCACUUGAAGCACCAUUAGUGUUUCAAGUGCUUCGCUCAUCUCUGGUCUACAUGUACCAAGCCUGCACCCGAGCCAGAUCCCAGUUGUAUAUCAUCGCACCAGGAAAAUAAACCAAUG